AUGACAGAGAGCGAGCCAUCUAAGUUGUCCGAUGUGAAGGAGGAAACAGAAGCUCUUCUAGAUACCAAUGCGGAAGAGCAGGAGAAUCUGUCUGAGAGUCUAGAGAGAGGUGACAAAGUUCCAACUUUAGAAAAUGAAUCAGCAGAGACAGUUGAAAAUACAGCGACAAAAGUGGAGUCUAUUGCUAGGUCAGAAGAAAAGACUACCACUGACUCGACUAAAAGGAAAGAGGAUCCGGAAGUGGUGCCUGAGGAUUUAAUUGAGCAUGUUUCUGAUCUAUCUAUAGAGUCUAAGAAAGACGACAAGCUGGAAAAAUUGAAGGAAUCAUCUGGUGAUAGCGAUCUGAAAACGCCUAUAGCAUCUGAUCUGACUAAAGAUCACGAAGAUAAGGCGCUUAGCGAAGCAUCCAAGUCAGUAAAUGCAUCAUCAGAAAAUGCGAAGGCCGAAUUGGCAACAGAACCUCUGAUUCUAUCAAGCACGCAAGAAAGCGACAAAGAAACUAAACUCUCGUCGAGUGAAGAUAAAGAUGUCCAAGAUAGGACAGAAACCGUCAUCUCGAGGACUAUCACUACUCAAGAAAAGGAAAAUGAACCUGAUAAUGUGGAGUCGGCCAUUAAACAGGAAGAUCACAGUGCAUUGACUGAGUCUGACAAACAAGACAUAGAGGCAAACUCUGUGUCUGCAACAGACUCACUUGAUAUUGAUUCAUUGAAAGAGCCAGUAGGUGAGGCCCUCAAGGAACCUACUUCUGUAGACGGUGUUGCCAAGGUGAAAUUGUCUUCAGAAGAUAGUAGCCUUAGAGAAUCAGAAGACAAGGCAUAUGAGAAAUCUACAGCUACUACAUUAGACCAGAGGGUAGAGGACGACAAGGCCGAGGUUAUGGUUGAUACAUCCAAGGAUAUUGAGACCACCAGUUUAGUCCAAAAAGAGGAGGAAGAUACAAAAUCUACAGCAGAUGCUGAUGUUGAGAGUGACAAGUCGAAGUCCCAAGAUACAGAAGAUAAGAGCCCUAAGCAAGUUGAAGCAACUGCUUCUAUAGCUGAAAGGGAGCCAGCAGCAGUUGUCUCUUCCCCUGACGAUGGAGUUGAGGCUGUGGCCAAGGAACUGACUUCCGAUGAUCCCAGUGAGCCCUUAAAUCCAGUAGACUCGGAAAGCUCUAUAUCAAAGGUGACGGAGUCAAAGGUUAUCUCCACAGAGACAUCUGCGAAACCUACUAUACCCUCGACUGAAGUAGCUAAGAAAGUUUCUGUCACCAAAGGACCUGUGACAACCAUUGCCCCAGCUGCCAGCAACGAAGCUACUGCCAAGGCUCCUAGUGCUACUACUACCAGCACAACUUCCACCAACACAUCUUCAAAACCUGUUUUUGACCCAGAUACCGUCUAUCUCUAUACCUCUUUGACGGCUGGCGGAUAUCACAUCAUGCCCGAUACCAUGCGACUAGGGACCAUCCUUAAAGCAAAUGAUAUUGAAUAUCAAAUGAUUGAUAUUGCAACCAACGAGCGAGCAAAACGGAUUUGGAAGUACCGUGGUAUUGCCAAGGGUAAGAAACUGCCAGCCGUUGUUCGAGAUGAUGAAGUCAUGGGAGAUAUCAAGGAGAUUGAGGACGCCAACGAAUUUGGUGAGGUAAGAGAUUUGGUUUUUGAUGAGUACUGA